GAAGGACAUGUCCAGCUGGUCAGAAGCAGCUAAUGGAUCUUCCGAAAUGGAUGCUCUCUCCUUGGAGUCUGCCAGCAAGGAAGCCUACUUCAGCAGAGUGGAAACAUUCACCCCAUUGAAGUGGGCAGGCAAACCCCAUGAGCUGUCUCCCCUGGUUUGUGCCAAGUAUGGCUGGGUCAACGUGGAGUGUGACAUGCUGAAGUGCUCCAGCUGCCAGGCCUUCCUCUGCGUGAGCCUGCAGCUCGCGUUUGACUUCAACAAGUAUAAGGAGCGCUGCGUGGAGCUGAAGAAGGCCUUGUGCUCUGCUCAUGAGAAGUUCUGCUUCUGGCCAGACAGCCCCUGCCCAGAUCGCUUUGCCAUGUUGCUGGUGGAUGAGCCCAGAGCCCUUCUCCAGGACUUCCUGGAGCGCUUUCAGAGCCUGUGUCAGCUGGAGCUGCAGCUGCCUUCCCUCAGGCCAGAGGACAUGAAGAACAUGUCCCUGACAGAGGAGAGGAUCAGUCUGCUCCUCCAGCUGAUUGGGGAGGAACUGGAGCACAAACCAGAGGGAGAGAAACCAGCAGUGAAGUUUGCCACAGAAGCCCUGCAAGUGCAGGUUCCUGCCUGCAUCCUGGCUCUAUGUGGCUGGACUUGCAGCGCUGGCUCGGGCUCGGUGCACCUCUCUGUCAUCUCCUGCUCCCGCUGCAUGAGGAAGGUGGGACUGUGGAGCUUUCACCAGCUGGAGUCUGUGGGGCUGGAGCUGGACUCCUGCAGCCCCAGCAGCGCAGCCACUGAGCGCUUCCCGCUCCUGCCCACGUCUCCGCGCAGGAUGCUCACACGGAGCCAGGACAUGCUCCCUGCAGGCUCCGAGCAGCACGAGAAGAGCCCAUCCCCAGCCAUCUCUCGCCCACCACGGGGCUGGGACUCUCCCGUCCCCAUGGACCGCAGUGAGUUGGAGGUGCCCAGUCCCACGCCGAGAAGCCGCCCCAUCACCCGCAGCAUGGGGCAGGGGGAGAGCAUGGAGGUGCCAUCCAGUCCCCUCCGUAAAGCCAAGAGGACACGGCUCUGCUCUUCCAGCAGCUCAGACACAUCUUUGAGGAGCUUCUUUGACCCCAGCUCUCAGCAUCGCGACUGGUGUCCCUGGGUGAACGCAGUGGAUGGAGGGGAAGUCCUGGAGGAUACCACGAGCCACACGGAGAAGGAGCCUGUGAAGGCAGAGCCAGGCUGGCGAGUGGUGCUGAACAUGCUCCUUGCCUCCAGGAAGUGUGACAGGGUGCCCGAGACAGAGCCUGUGAGCCUCUCGGAGAAGUCCUCCAAGGUAUUCCGCAUUUUCCGGCAGUGGGAGAGCAUGAAUUCCUCCUGA